AUGAUUGAUUAUUCGCAUGGAAUGCUCGUGGUCUGGACUGCUCUACGUAGUGAUGACAGUAAUACGGACCAGUAUCGAAUCCAAUGGGACUCUGCUGCGGUGUUUACAAGCCAUUGCGGAGACAACAUCGAAACACAAAUGCUCGUAGUGACAAACUCGUUAGCCAACGUCGCAAACAAAAAACUUAUCGUACAAACGACAGAUGGAAGCACGAAGAUCAGUUGCGUCGAUCCGGUGAAUUUAGCAAGUUCACUACAGAUGCCGUUGCGAGCACUUGGCGGCGUCUAUUCUGGUAGGAUUGCAACGAUACAGGGAGAUGACUCAGCAACGUAUGAUUACGGUCGCACGAACACGGUAAAGUUUCCUCAAGGAGCUGCUGUUCCUACAUAA